AUGCUGCCCCUGCAGCCGCAAACAUGCGCCGGAAAAGUCGACAACAAAGUCAAAGGCGGACCACUCACAACCGGGUAUGUUUAUUGUCAUUUCUUCUAGCUAGCUAAAUUGGCUAGCUAACUUCUACUCUGUAACAUUGGUGCCACUUGUAGCUGGAUUUUCUUGCCUUGUCUUUUGGCUGGCUUCUUCACAUGCCAAACAUUCAACUAACUUAGUUAGCCAGCCAGCAUGGCAUCAAUCAGCUGGUUGUUGUCAGCUAGGAGGAGGUAGCGAAGACAGUGUUCACUAUCGUGCAAUAUUAGCUAGUAACUGUAAAGAAGCAGCCCAUAUGUUAGUACUAUAUAUGGUAGCCAAUUAUUAGACCUUUUCAAACGAUUGUAUUGAAAACUUUCUUGGGCACUGCUCGGCGAUGCAGCACGUUUUCCCGAGUUGGAAGGUAUCCAUAAUAGAUAGACGGUUCUACCCUUUCCAUCAGAACCGUCUGCCGAUUACGGUAACCACCUACCAACUCGGGAAAACGUGCUGAUAAAAUCUGUACAGUCGUUAACCGAAUACCAAUCUACCUUGCCUGGAAACCCGACGUUGAAUUUCACUGAAUUCUACGUCGGGCAUAAAUUAGCGUUUGAAUCAGGAAAGUUUCCUCAAGACCUCUACAAGCCAGAAUGUUUAAUAGAGGUUAUAUUUUAAAAAUAAUUUACCUGUUGUCGGUGCUGGUUGGUCCUUUUGGCGGUAGAAAUGUGAGACAAUAUAUCCACAGGAAAGUAGAAGUACAUCAACUUUUCAGUGCCUAUAGUGCCUUCAGAUUUCUAUCACCCGAAGCAUGCACACAAUAUAAAAUACAUGCAUGAGACAUAUGCAUGCUGGAUGGAACUUUAUAGUUAUAACUGUACUUUCUGUUAUAACUGUAAGUAGGGCUAUAUAGAGAGCUAACCACAUGUCGCAUAUGGUCCUAACCCACCCAUGUAGCUAGUCCAUUAUUAGAGUGGCGUUGUAUUGUGCAUCAUGUCAGUGAGUGUUGCCCAUUUGUGUGCCAGGUGGUUCUGGAGCGAGUCCUGGGCAUCACCACCUCAAACAGCAGUGGGCUGGCCUGUGACCCCAACACCGGCCUGGUGGCCUACCCUGCAGGGUAAGACUUACUAACCUGUCACUGGCUUCAAUUGAGAAAUUCAAGGUGUUUUGGCAAUUCAAAGAGUUGGUCUGAUGGUUCACUCUGAUGUCAUCGGCCUUCACUCUGAUGUCAUCGGCCUCCCCCUUGUUUGUGGGAACAAUAGAGGAGAAAUUGAGGACAAAAGAGGAAAGGUCCCCCCCCACUUGUGCCAUGUCAGAGGACUCCUGGACCACCUAUUGAGAUGUGCCUUUUGUUAAGUAAAUCAGGUGAUAAAUGAGGUUCUAGGGAGUCUGGAGUGGGUCUUUAACCCUAACCCCCCAAGACUGACAUCUAACUAACCUGUUACUAAAGGGAUAUCCAGGCUCUGGAGACCCAUGGGGCGGCAUCAUCCAGGGUAGGGGAGGGAAUGGCCGGCAGGGAUGUAGCUCAGUUGGUAGAGCAUGGCGUUUGCAACGCCAGGGUUGUGGGUUCGAUUCCCACGGGGGGGGGGGGGGGGGGGGGGGGGCAGUAUGAAAAAAAAGAAUGUAUGCACUCACUAACUGUAAGUCGCUCUGGAUAAGAGCAUCUGCUAAAUGACUAAAAUGUAAAUGUUGAAUAGGCUACAUUAUGUAAAUACUAAUGUUAUAGCAGCUAGUCAUCUUAUGCAGUUUGUUUGUGUUCCAGGUGUGUUGUUGUGAUCCUACACCCAAAGAAAAACAGACAGACCCACAUCCUCAAUACUUCAAGGUGAAAUAUUGACCUGUGUUAUCAUUCUCCUUCUCUCUGGGGGGGGGGGGGAAGUCAUAUUAGUCAACUCCUGAUAAGUACACGUUGGAUAACUCCUGAUAAGUACACGUUGGAUAACUCCUGAUAAGUACACGUUGGAUAACUCCUGAUAAGUACACGUUGGAUAACUCCUGAUAAGUACACGUUGGAUAACUCCUGAUAAGUACACGUUGGAUAACUCCUGAUAAGUACACGUUGGAUAACUCCUGAUAAGUACACGUUGGAUAACUCCUGAUAAGUACACGUUGGAUAACUCCUGAUAAGUACACGUUGGAUAACUCCUGAUAAGUACACGUUGGAUAACUCCUGAUAAGUACACGUUGGAUAACUCCUGAUAAGUACACGUUGGAUAACUCCUGAUAAGUACACGUUGGAUAACUCCUGAUAAGUACACGUUGGAUUUGUCCUAGCCUUGUGUCGUGCACACAUUCUGCAACUUCCACAAUCCAUCACGUAGAUCGAGUCCUCUGUACUCGGGAGGGGAUUGCUCCGUCUCUUCAUGGUGACUCCAGACAGACUUGGUAGACAGAGACCGAGUAAUACAUAAUGGGGCUGGGCAAUAUGGACAAAAUAUCAUAUCACUAUAUUUGAUAGGUAUUUUAAGUUUUUGAAUAGUUAAAAGUUAUACAGUAUGUUUUAUAUAUUUAGUGCGUGACUUUAGAACGGCAUCAAAUUACUUCUAAGAUAUUUUAAAUGGGCUUCCUCCAUUCUGAUGGUUGUAUGCUCAGCCAAACUAGGACAAAACUGACAGUCCAAUUUUGUAGAACUUUUCAUUUCAUUUAGCACUAUCAAAAUAUUGUUAUAGACGGGUAUUGUAAAAACCCAUACCGGUAUGUGGAUCCAUACUAGUCUACACGUUGUUGGACGGUACCGUGGUCUCUCUGUUACUGUGCCGCAGCCUGGAACAUGCCUGGAACAUGCCUGGAACAUGCCUGGAACAUGCUGCGUUCUGUUGUUGAUGCUAUGUAGCUACAGUGUAUGUGAGGUGGGAGUAGUGAAGUUAAAAAUAUCACAUUAUAGCUACGUUCAGACUAACAGAACUUUCACUGUUCUCCAGGAGGUCAUAAAACAGUUAAAGUACUUAGCUUACAUGCAUGUGUCAGGGGGUAACUCGGAGUUAAAAUGUCUGAACCUUUUUAAACUUGAGUUUAAAUCCCUAUUGGAUUGCUGCCGAGUAAAAUGUUCUCCCUAAUGUAAAUGUCAGCCCAGCCUCAGCCCUCUCCUCUCUCUCAUUAAUUCUCUUGUCUGUUUGUGUUUCCCAGAAAAACCUUCACCGCCUUGGCCUUCUCGCAGGAUGGAAAGUAUUUGGUCACUGGUGAGGUAAGUGUUUGGAAAUGUUCAGGAAGAAAAAAAAUGUUGGUUGGUGUGUAUAUGCACUUUGCUGUAUUUGUAUAACAGUCAGUGAGACGAUGGACUAACGUGUGUUCUAAUUGGUUGAUGGUUAUAUAAAAGCUGUUGUGCUGCUGUAGACCAGGUCAUGCUGUAAAUUCGACUUGUUGUCACAGUAACUGAUAUAUACGAGCCCUCCUGGCUUGCCCUCGGUGGUCCGUGGUUGUCUGCUCUCUGUCUGACUGUACUGUUGCCAGUGGUGAUAGGGGGUGUGAUAUAUAGGAGCCCUCCUGGCUUGCCCUCGGUGGUCUGUGGUUGUCUGCUCUCUGUCUGACUGUACUGUUGCCAGUGGUGAUAGGGGGUGUAGCCUACAGUUGUUAUGACCUGUAGGCUUCUUCCACAGUUCUUAAAGGAACCAUGUUAAUAUGUGACCUGUUCUUAAAGGAACCAUGUUAAUAUGUGACCUGUUCUUAAAGGAACCAUGUUAAUAUGUGACCUGUUCUUAAAGGAACCAUGUUAAUAUGUGACCUGUUCUUAAAGGAACCAUGUUAAUAUGUGACCUGUUCUUAAAGGAACCAUGUUAAUAUGUGACCUGUUCUUAAAGGAACCAUGUUAAUAUGUGACCUGUUCUUAAAGGAACCAUGUUAAUAUGUGACCUGUUCUUAAAGGAACCAUGUUAAUAUGUGACCUGUUCUUAAAGGAACCAUGUUAAUAUGUGACCUGUUCUUAAAGGAACCAUGUUAAUAUGUGACCUGUUCUUAAAGGAACCAUGUUAAUAUGUGACCUGUUCUUAAAGUAAUCCUAGUAAUAUUGGACAGUUCUUAAAGUGGAACUGACAGCGUUUUAACUACUUUGCAGAUAUGAACCAAACAGACAAUCAUACAAGUACAAAAUAUCGAAUUUCCAGUUUCUGCUGCAGUACCAACUUCAUAAGAGGUUUUAUAUAAAUAGGUUCUAUUUGACUCAACAUUCCAUGAUGUACACUAAGGUGUUGUUGGCAAAAAACGUUUAAAAUGGCACUGUUGGUUAAGGGCUGUAAGUAAGCAUUUCACUGUAAUGUCUGCACCUGUUGUAUUCGGCGCAUGUGACCAAUAACAUUUGAUUUGAUUUGUUCUUAAAGGACAACUCCGCCACUUUUUUAACAUUUGGGUUGUUAUUAUGAAGUAUUUAGUGAUGUCCUACACAGUUUUAGUGUAAUUUUAUGAUUUCAUGUCUAUUGACUGUUUAGUGAUGAGCAAAACCAGAGAUUGCUUCUCUGUGACAUUUUCAAGUAGGAUCCUUGAGAUAAAAAAUAAAGAAUCUGAUCAUAUUGGAACUCCCUGCAAUACAGUACUACUGUAGCUACAGCGCAUUCGGCAAGUAUUCAGACCCCUUGACUUUUUCCACAUUCUGUUUCGUUACAGCCUUAUUCUAAAAUGGAGUAAAAAAAAAAAAAAAUGUCCUCAUCAAUCUACACACAAUAUCCUAUAAUGACUAAACGAAAACAGGUUUUUAGAAAUAUUAGCACAUUUAUUAAAAAUAAACAGAUUAUUUACAUAAGUAUUCAGACCCUUUGCUAUGAGACUCGAAAUUAAGCUCAGGUGCAUCCUGUUUCCAUUGAUCAUCCUUGAGAUGUUUUUACAACUUGAUUGGAGUCCACCUGUGGUAAAUUCAAUUGAUUAGACAUGAUUUGGAGGUCCCACAGUUGACAGUGCAUGUCAAAGCAAAAACCAAGCCAUGAGGUCGAAGGAAUUGUUGUCCGUUGAGCUCUGAGACAGGAUUGUGUUGAGGCACAGCUCUGGGCAAGGGUACCAAAACAUUUCUGCAGCAUUGAAGGUCCCCAAGAACACAGUGGCAUCCAUCAUUCUUAAAUGGAAGACGUUUGGAACCACCAAGACUCUUCCUAGAGCUGGCCGCCUGGCCAAACUGAGCAAUUGGGGGAGAAGGGCCUUGGUCAAGGAGGUGACCAAUAACCCAAUGGUCACUCUGAAUGAGUUCCUCUAUGGAGAUGGGAGAACCUUCCAGAAGGACAACAAUCUCUGCAGCCCUCCACCAAUCAGGCCUUUGUGGUAGAGUGGUCAGACGGAAGCCAGUCCUCAGUAAAAGGCACAUGACAGCCCACUUGGAGUUUGCCAAAAGGAACCUAAAGGACUCUCAGACCAUGAGAAACAAGAUUCUCUGGUCUGAUGAAACCAAGAUUUAACUCUUUGGUCUGAAUGCCACCCAUGGGGCGGCGCACAAUUGGCCCAGGGUAGGGGAGGGAAUGGCCGGCAGGGAUGUAGCUCAGUUGGUAGAGCAUGUCGUUUGCAACGCCAGGGUUGUGGGUUCGAUUCCCACGGGGGGCCAGUAUGAAAAAAUAAAAUAAUGUAUGCACUCACUAACUGUAAGUCGCUCUGGAUAAGAGCGUCUGCUGCAUGACUUAAAUGUAAAUGAAUGCCAAGCGACACAUCUGCAGGAAACUUUGCACCAUCCCUACGGUGAAGCAUGGUGGUGGCAGCGUCAUGCUGUGGGGAUGUUUUUCAGCAGUGGGGACUGGGAGACUAGUCAGGAUCGAGGGAAAGUUGAAUGGAGCAAAGUAAAGAGAUACUUGAUGAAAACCUGCUCCAGAGCGUUCAGGACCUCAGACUGGGGUCGAAGGUUCACUUUCCAACAGGACAACGACCCUAAGCACACAGCCAAGACAACGCAGGAGUGGCUUCGGGAUGAGUCUCUGAAUGUCCUUGAGUGGCCCAGCCAGAGCGCGGACUUGAACCAGAUCGAACAUCUCUGGAGAGACCUGAAAAUAGCUGUGCAGCGAAGCUCCCCAUCCAACCUAACAGAUCUUGAGAGGAUCUGCAGAGAAGAAUGGGAGAAACUCCCCAAAUACAAAUCAAUUCAAAUUGUAUUUGUCACAUACACGUGUUUAGCAGAUGUUAUAGCGAAAUGCUUGUGCUUCUAGCUCCGACAGUGCAGUAAUAUCUAACAAUUACACAACAUAUACCCAAUACAUUUACUUUUUAGUCAUUUAGCAGAUGCUCUUAUCCAGAGCGACUUACAGUUAGGGAGUGCAUACAUUAUUAUUAUUUUUUUCAUACUGGCCCCCCGUGGGAAUCGAACCCACAACCCUGGCGUUGCAAACGCCAUGUUCUACCAACUGAGCUACAUCCCAAUACACACAAACAAGUAAGGAAUGGGAUUUAAGAAUAUAUACAUAUAUGGACAAGCAAUGACAGAGCGGCAUGGACUAAGAUACAGUAGAAUAGUAUAGAAUAGAAUGCAGUAUAUACAUAUGAGAUGAGUAGUGCAAGAUAUGUAAACAUUAUUAAAGUGACUAGUGUUCCAUUUCUUAAAGUGGCCAGUGAUUUCAAUAGGCAGCAGCAGCAUCUAAUGUGCUAGUGAAGGCUAUUUAACAGUCUGAUGGCCUUGAGAUAGAAGCUGUUUUUCAUUCUCUCAGUCCCAGCUUUGAUGCACCUGUACUGAUCUCGCCUUCUGGAUGAUAGCGGGGUGAACAGGCAGUGGCUCGGGUGGUUGAUGAUCUUUUUGGCCUUCCUGUGACAUUGGGUGCUGUAUGUGUCUUGGAGGGCGGGUAGUUUGCCCCCGGUAAUGCGUUUGGCAGACCGCACCACCCUUUGGAGAGCCCUGCGGUUGUGGGCGGUGCAGUUGCCGUACCAGGCGGUGAUACAGCCCGACAGGAUGCUCUCAAUUGUGCAUCUGUAAAAGUUUGUGAGGGUUUUAGGUGCUAAGCCGAAUUUCUUCAGCCUCCUGAGGUUGAAGAGGCUCUGUUUCACCUUCUUCACCACACUGUCUGCGUGGGUGGACCAUUUCAGUUUGUUGGUGAUGUGUACACCAAGGAACUUGAAGCUUUCCACCUUCUCCACUGCGGUCCCGUCGAUGUGGAUAGGGGGGUGCACCCUCUGCUCUUUCCUGAAGUCCACGAUCAUCUCCUUUGUUUUGUUGAUGUUGAGUGAGAGGUUAUUUUCCUGGCACCACAUUCCGAGAGCCCUCAUCUCCUCCCUGUAGGCAGUCUCGUCAUUGUUGGUAAUCAAGCCUACUACUGUUGUGUCGUCUGCAAACUUGAUGAGUGCUUGGCCAUGCAGUCAUGGGUGAACAGGGAGUACAGGAGGGGGCCGAGCACGCACCCUUGUGGGGCCCCAGUGUUGAGGAUCAGCGAAGUGGAGAUGUUGUUUCCUACCUUGACGCGCAUGCUCUGAGGACGCGGCUAGGGAUGCCGUCUGGGCUGGCAGCCUUGCGGAGCUUAACAUGCUUAAAUGUCUUAAUCACGUCGGCCAUGGAGAAGGAGAGGCGACAGUCCUUGGUAGUGGGUCUCGUCAGUGGCACUGUGUUAUCCUCAAAGCCGGCGAAGAAGGUGUUUAGCUUGUCUGGAAGCGAGACGUCAGUGUCGGCGACGUGGCUUGUUUUCCUUUUGUAGUCUGUGAUUGUCUGUAGAUCCUGCCACAUAUGUCUUGUGUCUGAGCCGUUGAAUUGCGACUCCACUUUGUCUCUAUAUUGAUGUUUUGCCAGUUUAAUUGCCUUGCGGAGUGAGUAGCUACACUGUUUGUAUUCUGCCAUAUUCCCAGUCACCUUGCCAUGGUUGAAUGCGGUGGUUUGCGCUUUCAGAUUUGCGCGAAUGCUGCCGUCUAUCCACGGUUUCUGGUUAGGGUAGGUUUUAAUAGUCACAGUGGGCACAACAUCACCUAUACACUUCCUGAUAAACUCCGUCACGGUUUCAUGUCAAAAUUAUUUUCGGAAGCUACCCGGAACGCAUCCCAGUCCGCGUGAAUAAAACAAUCUUGAAGCAUGUAUUCUGAUUGGUCAGACCAGCGUUGAAUUGUCCUUAGCACGGUUACUUCCUGUUUGAGUUUCUGCCUUUAGGAAGAGAGAAGCAAAAUGGAGUCGUGGUCAGAUUUGCCGAAAGGAGGGCGGGGGAGGGCCUUAUAACCAUCCCGGAAGUUUGAAUAGCAAUGGUCGAGAAUUUUAGCAGCGCGAGUACAACAGUCAAUAUGUUGAUAGAACUUCGGCAGCCUAGUCCUCAAAUUUGCUUUGUUAAAAUCCCCGGCUACAAUAAAUGCAGCCUCAGGAUAUGAGGUUUCCAGUUUGCAUAAGGUCCAGUGAAGUUCUUUGAGGGCCGUCGUGGUAUCGGCUUGAGGGGGGGAUAUACACGGCCGUGACUAUAACCAAAGAAUAUUCUCUUGGGAGAUAAUACGGUCUGCAUUUGAUUGAGAUAUUCUAGGUCAGGUGAACAGAAGGACUCAAGUUCCUCUGUUACUACAAUUACACCACGAGUUGUUAAUCAUGAAAUACACACCUCCGCCCUUCUGCCUCCUUGAGAGAUAUUUAUUGCUGUCUGCGCGAUGAACUGAGAACCCAUCUGGCUGGACCGAUUUCGACAGAAUAUCCCAAAAAAAGCCAUGUUUCCGUGAAACAGUAUGUUACAGGCCUUGAUGUCUCUCUGGAAAGAAAUCCUUGUCCGUAGUUCUUCGACUUUAACCAAAGAUGAAAGAUUAGCGAGUAGAAUACUUGGAAGCGGUGGUGUGCGCGCCUCCUAAGUCGGACCAGCAGGCCGCUCCGAGUGCCACUCCUCUGCCGCCGAUGUUAUGGGUCAGCUGCUGGAAUCAGUUCUAUUGGAUCUGCUUCGGGAAGGUCGUAUUCCUGGUCGUAAUGCUGGUGAGUUACCGCCGCUCUGAUAUCCAAUAGUUUUUCCCGGCUGUAUGUAAUGAUGCAAAACACUUUCUGAGCUAAUAAUGUAAAAAAUAUUACAUAAAAAACAAAAUACUGCAAAGUUUCCUAAGAGCUAGUCGAGAGGCCGCCAUCUUCGUCAGCGCCAGGUAAUGCAUUCAGGUGUGUCAAGUUUGUAACGUCAUACCCAAGAAGACUUGAGGCUGUAAUCGCUGCCAACAAAGUACUGAGUAAAGGGUCUGAAUACUUAUGUAAAUGUGAUAUUUCAGUUAAUUAUUUUAAUAAGUUAGCACAUUUUCUAAAAAUCUGUUUUUGGUUUGUCAUUAUGGUAUUUUGUGUAGGUUGAUGAGGGGAAAGUAAACAAUUUAAUCCAUUUUAGAAUAAGGCUUUAACUUAACAAAAUGUUGAAAAAGUCAAGGGGUCUGAAUACUUUCCGAAUGCACUUUUGCUCCGGUUGUCUUUUUCUAAUAACAUCUGGAAAUUAUUUUAAAUAGACUCUCCAAAACCUGUAGAAUGAUAUUUUUUGUCAGCUUACUUACUUUUUCUGUUGUUCAAAGCUCAAACUUCCAUGUUUCCAUUCGGCCAACCCGCUCAACAUCACUGACCGACUUCACUCUUUAAACGCCACUUCGAUACCGGAGUGACUUUUUCGUUGCAGGUUAGGAGAACUUAUGCAGCAGGUUAGAAGACUGAGGUUAAAGUUAGGAAAAGGGUUAAGGUUCGGGUUAGCGAAAUUGCUCUCGAAACCUGCUAUGAAAAUCACUUUGUAUCGAAGUGGUUUGAAAAGAUUGUGUCCCGACUGAAGUUGCAGUUCCGGCAGCCAUUGUGCCUUUUCCAAAUGGCCUAUAUUUUCGUAUUGAAUAACUUGUAAACUUCAUACUUUUUCUUAGUUCCAAUAGGCCUCCAGCGUUGGAUCGUUGCUUGGACAGUCACCGAGGCUGUAUUUGUCUUAUCGUUGCAAACACUUUAUUUCAGAUGCAGCCGGUUUAGUUACUUAGCUAGCUAGCAUUGCUAAUGUUAUCACCAAAGAUGUUAUUGUUGCAAACACUAUUUUGGAUGUAACGUUAGCAGACGGGCUAGCUAGCAUGCUAACUACAGUUGAAGUCGGAAGUUUACUUACACCUUAGCCAAAUACAUUUAAACUCAGUUUUUCACAAUUCCUGACAUUUUAAUCCUAGUAAAAAUGCCCUGUCUUAGGUCAGUUAGGAUCACCACUUUAUUUUAAGAAUGUGAAAUGUCAGAAUAAUAGUAGAGAGAAUUAUUUAUUUCAGCUUUUAUUUCUUUCGUCACAUUCCCAGUGGGUCAGGAGUUUACAUACACUCAAUUAGUAUUUGGUAGCAUUGCCUUGCAAUUGUUUAACUUGGAUCAAAUGUUUUCAGUUCUGCCCAAAAUGUAUAGGAGGAUUGAGGUCAGGGCUUUGUGAUGGCCACUCCAAUACGUUGACUAUGUUGUCCUUAAGCCAUUUUGCCACAACUUUGGAAAUAUGCUUGGGGUCAUUGUCCAUUUGGAAGACCCAUUUGCGACCAAGCUUUAACUUCCUGACUGAUGUCUUGAGAUGUUGCUUCAAUAUAUCCACAUACAUUUUCCUUCCUCAUGAUGCCAUCUAUUUUGUGAAGUGCACCAGUCCCUCCUGCAGCAAAGCACCCCCACAGCAUGAUGCUGCCACCCCCAUGCUUCACGGUUGGGAUGGUGUUCUUUGGCUUGCAAGCGACCCCCUUUUUCCUCCAAACAUAACGAUGGUCAUUAUGGCCAAACAGUUCUAUUUUUGUUUCAUCAGACCAGAGGACAUUUCUCCAAAAAGUACGAUCUUUGUCCCCAUUUGCAGUUGCAAACCAUAGUCUGGCUUUUUUAUGGUGGUUUUGGAGCAGUGGCUUCUUCCUUUCUGAGCAGCCUUUCAGGUUAUGUCGAUAUAGGACUCGUUUGACUGUGGAUAUAGAUACGUUUGUACCUGUUUCCUCCAGCACCUUCACAAGGUCCUUUGCUGCUGUUCUGGGAUUGAUUUGCACUUUUCACACCAAAGUACGUUCAUCUCUAGGAGACAGAACGCGUCUCCUUCCUGAGCGGUAUGACGGCAGUGUGGUCCCAUGGUGUUUAUACUUGCGUACUAUUGUUUGUACAGAUGAACUAGGAACCUUCAGGCAUUUGAAAAAUUGCUCCCAAGGAUGAACCAGACUUGUGGAGGUCUACAAUUUCUUUCCUGAGGUCUUGGCUGAUUUCCUUUGAUUUUCCCAUGAUGUAAGGCAAAGAGGCACUGAGUUUGAAGGUAGGCCUUGAAAUACAUCCACAGGUACACCUCCAAUUGACUAAAAUAAUGUCAAUUAGCCUAUCAGAAGCUUCUAAAGCCAUGACAUCAUUUUCUGGAAUUUUCCAAGCUGUUUAAAGGCACAGUCAACUUAGUGUAUGUAAACUUCUGACCCACUGGAAUUGUGAUACAGUGAAUUAUAAGUGAAAUAAUCUGUCUGUAAACAAUUGUUUGAAAAAUUACUUGUGUCAUGCACAAAGUAGAUGUCCUAACCGACUUGCCAAAACUAUAGUUCGUUAACAAGAAAUGUUGACUCCAACCUAAGUGACUCCAACCUAAAUGACUCCAACCUAAGUGUACUUAAACUUACGACUUCAACUGUACAUAUACAGUAACGGUGUUAUGGUUAGUGUAUGAAGACAUUGUGCACAAUGUGCAUUUUGGCUUAAGUUUUUAUGUACCGAAUAAAACAUCUAAAGUUUUCAACUCUACCGAUAGUUUUGUCACAAACUGUUGCGUUAAAUAUCAACGGUCUUGUCACGUGCGCUCCAGCCAACCGCUCACAGAUACAGUGCAGGUAAACUAGUCUACAUGAUGAGAUUACGGUAUUAUGGAUAAGAGCGAGAAUAUUUGUAUUUGUCAAACGGCAGUCGAGCAUCGAUCAUGUCACCAGAAUCAGAAGACCCUUGGUACUUAUUGAAAGGAGCGUCCAGCUCAUCACCGUGCACUUUCACCACCCUGUGAAGUUCAUCACAAUGGCAUGAACAUGUAUUCAGUAUGACAUUCAUGCAAGCAUUAUAUAAUACAUUUACAACCCAAAAGUAAUGUGAAAUGUCCUCAUAACUUAUGACGUAAAUAAUAUAUUUAGACUAAGCUUUGUCUGGGCUUGAUAGCCAGCUAGCUAAGCUAACUACAGGCGAACUAGGGACAGCACUGGGAGAGUAUGCUGUAGACGAGGGCUAGCUAAGCUAACUGCAGGCGAACUAGGGACAGCACUGGGAGAGUAUGCUGUAGACGAGGGCUAGCUAAGCUAACUGCAGGCGAACUAGGGACAGCACUGGGAGAGUAUGCUGUAGACGAGGGUUAGCUAAGCUAACUGCAGGCGAACUAGGGACAGCACUGGGAGAGUAUGCUGUAGACGAGGGCAAUACAGAGGCUUCAAAAUGACAAAAACUAAGAAUGUAUGACUAACGACAACAAUAACAUCAAUGUGUAUCAAAUCUUACAGUAGUGCAUAUACACUGAGUGUUCGAAACAUUAGGAACACAUUCAGCCUCAAUUCGUCGGGGCAUGGAAUACAAUUUGUUGAAAGCGUUUCCACAGGGAUGCUGGCCCCAUGUUGACUCCCAAUGCUUCCCACAGUUGUGUCAAGUUGGCUGGAUUUCCUUUGGGUGGUGGACCAUUCUUGAUACUCACCAGGAAACUGCAAUGCGUGAAGCCCAGCAGCGUUGCAGUUCUUGACACACUCAAACCGGUGCGCCUGGCACCUACUAACAUAUCCCGUUCAAAGGCACUUCUAUCCUUUGUUUCGCCCUCUGAAUGGCACACAUACACAAUCCAUGUCUCAAUUCUUUUAAGUCUUAGAAAAUCCUUAUUAAACCUGUCGCCUCCCCUUCAUCUACACUGAUUGAAGUGGAGAAGGGAUCAUAGCUUUCACCUUGGUUCACCUGGUCAGUCUGUCAUGGAAAGAGCAGUUGUUCUUAAUGUUUUGUACACGGUGUAUACUAACAGCAUGAGAACUUGUUAUAAAGUGGCGGAAUUGUCCUUUUAAAGGAACCAUAUUAAUAUGAGACCGUUCUUAAAGCUGCUUUUGAUCUUUUUAGACAACCCGACCCAAAUUCUGUUCUAUGUGCUUCCCUUAAGUUUUAGAAUUUUAGCAACCAGGAAAUGGCGGAGCGGUUUUUCCAUAUUUCACCAUUUUAAAGGAACCAUUAUUAAUAUCUGAGGCAGGUCUUUUGUCAUGGCCCGGCCUGUUCCUCAGUCCUGUAGUAGUAAAAAUCUAUUUUUAGUUUGUUUUUGCAACAAAGAUGUACUGCUCCUUGUUGAGCUAUGAUUAGGCUGGGCCAGGCCUCACUUCCUAGUGUAAUAUACUCCAAGCUCCUCACUUCCUAGUGUAAUAUACUCCAAGCUCUAAACUUCCUAGUGUAAUAUACUCCAAGCUCCUCACUUCCUAGUGUAAUAUACUCCAAGCUCCUCACUUCCUAGUGUAAUAUACUCCAAGCUCUAAACUUCCUAGUGUAAUAUACUCCAAGCUCCUCACUUCCUAGUGUAAUAUACUCCAAGCUCCUCACUUCCUAGUGUAAUAUACUCCAAGCUCUAAACUUCCUUGUGUAAUAUACUCCAAGCUCCUCACUUCCUAGUGUAAUAUACUCCAAGCUCCUCACUUCCUAGUGUAAUAUACUCCAAGCUCCUCACUUCCUAGUGUAAUAUACUCCAAGCUCCUCACUUCCUAGUGUAAUAUACUCCAAGCUCUAAACUUCCUAGUGUAAUAUACUCCAAGCUCCUCACUUCCUAGUGUAAUAUACUCCAAGCUCCUCACUUCCUAGUGUAAUAUACUCCAAGCUCCUCACUUCCUAGUGUAAUAUACUCCAAGCUCUAAACUUCCUAGUGUAAUAUACUCCAAGCUCUAAACUUCCUAGUGUAAUAUACUCCAAGCUCCUCACUUCCUAGUGUAAUAUACUCCAAGCUCCUCACUUCCUAGUGUAAUAUACUCCAAGCUCCUCACUUCCUAGUGUAAUAUACUCCAAGCUCCUCACUUCCUAGUGUAAUAUACUCCAAGCUCUAAACUUCCUAGUGUAAUAUACUCCAAGCUCCUCACUUCCUAGUGUAAUAUACUCCAAGCUCUAAACUUCCUAGUGUAAUAUACUCCAAGCUCCUCACUUCCUAGUGUAAUAUACUCCAAGCUCCUCACUUCCUAGUGUAAUAUACUCCAAGCUCCUCACUUCCUAGUGUAAUAUACUCCAAGCUCUAAACUUCCUAGUGUAAUAUACUCCAAGCUCUAAACUUCCUAGUGUAAUAUACUCCAAGCUCUAAACUUCCUAGUGUAAUAUACUCCAAGCUCCUCACUUCCUAGUGUAAUAUACUCCAAGCUCCUCACUUCCUAGUGUAAUAUACUACAAGCUCUAAACUUCCUAGUGUAAUAUACUCCAAGCUCUAAACUUCCUAGUGUAAUAUACUCCAAGCUCUAAACUUCCUAGUGUAAUAUACUCCAAGCUCCUCACUUCCUAGUGUAAUAUACUCCAAGCUCCUCACUUCCUAGUGUAAUAUACUCCAAGCUCCUCACUUCCUAGUGUAAUAUCUCCAGCUCCUCACUUCCUAGUGUAAUAUACUCCAAGCUCCUCACUUCCUAGUGUAAUAUACUCCAAGCUCCUCACUUCCUAGUGUAAUAUACUCCACUCCAAGCUCCUCACUUCCUAGUGUAAUAUACUCCAAGCUCUAACUUCCUAGUGUAAUAUACUCCAAGCUCCUCACUUCCUAGUGUAAUAUACUCCAAGCUCCUCAACUUCCUAGUGUAAUAUACUCCAAGCUCUAAACUUCCUAGUGUAAUAUACUCCAAGCUCCUCACUUCCUAGUGUAAUAUACUCCAAGCUCCUCACUUCCUAGUGUAAUAUACUCCAAGCUCAUCACUUCCUAGUGUAAUAUACUCCAAGCUCCUCACUUCCUAGUGUAAUAUACUCCAAGCUCUAAACUUCCUAGUGUAAUAUACUCCAAGCUCCUCACUUCCUAGUGUAAUAUACUCCAAGCUCUAAACUUCCUAGUGUAAUAUACUCCAAGCUCCUCACUUCCUAGUGUAAUAUACUCCAAGCUCCUCACUUCCUAGUGUAAUAUACUCCAAGCUCCUCACUUCCUAGUGUAAUAUACUCCAAGCUCUAAACUUCCUAGUGUAAUAUACUCCAAGCUCUAAACUUCCUAGUGUAAUAUACUCCAAGCUCUAAACUUCCUAGUGUAAUAUACUCCAAGCUCUAAACUUCCUAGUGUAAUAUACUCCAAGCUCCUCACUUCCUAGUGUAAUAUACUCCAAGCUCCUCACUUCCUAGUGUAAUAUACUCCAAGCUCUAAACUUCCUAGUGUAAUAUACUCCAAGCUCUAAACUUCCUAGUGUAAUAUACUCCAAGCUCCUCACUUCCUAGUGUAAUAUACUCCAAGCUCCUCACUUCCUAGUGUAAUAUACUCCAAGCUCCUCACUUCCUAGUGUAAUAUACUCCAAGCUCCUCACUUCCUAGUGUAAUAUACUCCAAGCUCCUCACUUCCUAGUGUAAUAUACUCCAAGCUCCUCACUUCCUAGUGUAAUAUACUCCAAGCUCCUCACUUCCUAGUGUAAUAUACUCCAAGCUCCUCACUUCCUAGUGUAAUAUACUCCAAGCUCCUCACUUCCUAGUGUAAUAUACUCCAAGCUCUAAACUUCCUAGUGUAAUAUACUCCAAGCUCCUCACUUCCUAGUGUAAUAUACUCCAAGCUCCUCACUUCCUAGUGUAAUAUACUCCAAGCUCCUCACUUCCUAGUGUAAUAUACUCCAAGCUCCUCACUUCCUAGUGUAAUAUACUCCAAGCUCCUCACUUCCUAGUGUAAUAUACUCCAAGCUCCUCACUUCCUAGUGUAAUAUACUCCAAGCUCUAAACUUCCUAGUGUAAUAUACUCCAAGCUCCUCACUUCCUAGUGUAAUAUACUCCAAGCUCUAAACUUCCUAGUGUAAUAUACUCCAAGCUCCUCACUUCCUAGUGUAAUAUACUCCAAGCUCCUCACUUCCUAGUGUAAUAUACUCCAAGCUCCUCACUUCCUAGUGUAAUAUACUCCAAGCUCUAAACUUCCUAGUGUAAUAUACUCCAAGCUCUAAACUUCCUAGUGUAAUAUACUCCAAGCUCUAAACUUCCUAGUGUAAUAUACUCCAAGCUCUAAACUUCCUAGUGUAAUAUACUCCAAGCUCCUCACUUCCUAGUGUAAUAUACUCCAAGCUCUAAACUUCCUAGUGUAAUAUACUCCAAGCUCCUCACUUCCUAGUGUAAUAUACUCCAAGCUCCUCACCUCCUAGUGUAAUAUACUCCAAGCUCCUCACUUCCUAGUGUAAUAUACUCCAAGCUCUAAACUUCCUAGUGUAAUAUACUCCAAGCUCUAAACUUCCUAGUGUAAUAUACUCCAAGCUCUAAACUUCCUAGUGUAAUAUACUCCAAGCUCCUCACUUCCUAGUGUAAUAUACUCCAAGCUCUAAACUUCCUAGUGUAAUAUACUCCAAGCUCUAAACUUCCUAGUGUAAUAUACUCCAAGCUCUAAACUUCCUAGUGUAAUAUACUCCAAGCUCCUCACUUCCUAGUGUAAUAUACUCCAAGCUCUAAACUUCCUAGUUUAAUAUACUCCAAGCUCUAAACUUCCUAGUGUAAUAUACUCCAAGCUCUAAACUUCCUAGUGUAAUAUACUCCAAGCUCCUCACUUCCUAGUGUAAUAUACUCCAAGCUCCUCACUUCCUAGUGUAAUAUACUCCAAGCUCCUCACUUCCUAGUGUAAUAUACUCCAAGCUCCUCACUUCCUAGUGUAAUAUACUCCAAGCUCCUCACUUCCUAGUGUAAUAUACUCCAAGCUCCUCACUUCCUAGUGUAAUAUACUCCAAGCUCCUCACUUCCUAGUGUAAUAUACUCCAAGCUCCUCACUUCCUAGUGUAAUAUACUCCAAGCUCUAAACUUCCUAGUGUAAUAUACUCCAAGCUCCUCACUUCCUAGUGUAAUAUACUCCAAGCUCCUCACUUCCUAGUGUAAUAUACUCCAAGCUCUAAACUUCCUAGUGUAAUAUACUCCAAGCUCCUCACUUCCUAGUGUAAUAUACUCCAAGCUCCUCACUUCCUAGUGUAAUAUACUCCAAGCUCCUCACUUCCUAGUGUAAUAUACUCCAAGCUCCUCACUUCCUAGUGUAAUAUACUCCAAGCUCCUCACUUCCUAGUGUAAUAUACUCCAAGCUCUAAACUUCCUAGUGUAAUAUACUCCAAGCUCUAAACUUCCUAGUGUAAUAUACUCCAAGCUCCUCACUUCCUAGUGUAAUAUACUCCAAGCUCCUCACUUCCUAGUGUAAUAUACUCCAAGCUCAUCACUUCCUAGUGUAAUAUACUCCAAGCUCCUCACUUCCUAGUGUAAUAUACUCCAAGCUCUAAACUUCCUAGUGUAAUAUACUCCAAGCUCCUCACUUCCUAGUGUAAUAUACUCCAAGCUCUAAACUUCCUAGUGUAAUAUACUCCAAGCUCCUCACUUCCUAGUGUAAUAUACUCCAAGCUCCUCACUUCCUAGUGUAAUAUACUCCAAGCUCCUCACUUCCUAGUGUAAUAUACUCCAAGCUCCUCACUUCCUAGUGUAAUAUACUCCAAGCUCUAAACUUCCUAGUGUAAUAUACUCCAAGCUCUAAACUUCCUAGUGUAAUAUACUCCAAGCUCCUCACUUCCUAGUGUAAUAUACUCCAAGCUCCUCACUUCCUAGUGUAAUAUACUCCAAGCUCUAAACUUCCUAGUGUAAUAUACUCCAAGCUCUAAACUUCCUAGUGUAAUAUACUCCAAGCUCUAAACUUCCUAGUGUAAUAUACUCCAAGCUCUAAACUUCCUAGUGUAAUAUACUCCAAGCUCCUCACUUCCUAGUGUAAUAUACUCCAAGCUCCUCACUUCCUAGUGUAAUAUACUCCAAGCUCCUCACUUCCCUAGUGGUAAUAUACUCCAAGCUCCUCACUUCCUAGUGUAAUAUACUCCAAGCUCCUCACUUCCUAGUGUAAUAUACUCCAAGCUCCUCACUUCCUAGUGUAAUAUACUCCAAGCUCCUCACUUCCUAGUGUAAUAUACUCCAAGCUCUAAACUUCCUAGUGUAAUAUACUCCAAGCUCCUCACUUCCUAGUGUAAUAUCAGCUCCUCAACUCCUCACUUCCUAGUGUAAUAUACUCCAAGCUCUAAACUUCCUAGUGUAAUAUACUCCAAGCUCCUCACUUCCUAGUGUAAUAUACUCCAAGCUCCUCACUUCCUAGUGUAAUAUACUCCAAGCUCCUCACUUCUAGUGUAAUAUACUCCAAGCUCCUCACUUCCUAGUGUAAUAUACUCCAAGCUCCUCACUUCCUAGUGUAAUAUACUCCAAGCUCUAAACCUCCUAGUGUAAUAUACUCCAAGCUCCUCACUUCCUAGUGUAAUAUACUCCAAGCUCUAAACUUCCUAGUGUAAUAUACUCCAAGCUCCUCACUUCCUAGUGUAAUAUACUCCAAGCUCCUCACUUCCUAGUGUAAUAUACUCCAAGCUCCUCACUUCCUAGUGUAAUAUACUCCAAGCUCUAAACUUCCUAGUGUAAUAUACUCCAAGCUCUAAACUUCCUAGUGUAAUAUACUCCAAGCUCUAAACUUCCUAGUGUAAUAUACUCCAAGCUCCUCACUUCCUAGUGUAAUAUACUCCAAGCUCCUCACUUCCUAGUGUAAUAUACUCCAAGCUCUAAACUUCCUAGUGUAAUAUACUCCCAAGCUCUAAACUUCCUAGUGUAAUAUACUCCAAGCUCCUCACUUCCUAGUGUAAUAUACUCCAAGCUCCUCACUUCCUAGUGUAAUAUACUCCAAGCUCCUCACUUCCUAGUGUAAUAUACUCCAAGCUCCUCACUUCCUAGUGUAAUAUACUCCAAGCUCCUCACGUCCUAGUGUAAUAUACUCCAAGCUCCUCACUUCCUAGUGUAAUAUACUCCAAGCUCCUCACGUCCUAGUGUAAUAUACUCCAAGCUCCUCACGUCCUAGUGUAAUAUACUCCAAGCUCCUCACUUCCUAGUGUAAUAUACUCCAAGCUCCUCACUUCCUAGUGUAAUAUACUCCAAGCUCCUCACUUCCUAGUGUAAUAUACUCCAAGCUCUAAACUUCCUAGUGUAAUAUACUCCAAGCUCCUCACUUCCUAGUGUAAUAUACUCCAAGCUCUAAACUUCCUAGUGUAAUAUACUCCAAGCUCCUCACUUCCUAGUGUAAUAUACUCCAAGCUCUAAACUUCCUAGUGUAAUAUACUCCAAGCUCCUCACGUCCUAGUGUAAUAUACUCCAAGCUCCUCACUUCCUAGUGUAAUAUACUCCAAGCUCCUCACUUCCUAGUGUAAUAUACUCCAAGCUCCUCACUUCCUAGUGUAAUAUACUCCAAGCUCCUCACUUCCUAGUGUAAUAUACUCCAAGCUCCUCACGUCCUAGUGUAAUAUACUCCAAGCUCCUCACGUCCUAGUGUAAUAUACUCCAAGCUCCUCACUUCCUAGUGUAAUAUACUCCAAGCUCCUCACUUCCUAGUGUAAUAUACUCCAAGCUCCUCACUUCCUAGUGUAAUAUACUCCAAGCUCUAAACUUCCUAGUGUAAUAUACUCCAAGCUCCUCACUUCCUAGUGUAAUAUACUCCAAGCUCUAAACUUCCUAGUGUAAUAUACUCCAAGCUCCUCACUUCCUAGUGUAAUAUACUCCAAGCUCUAAACUUCCUAGUGUAAUAUACUCCAAGCUCCUCACUUCCUAGUGUAAUAUACUCCAAGCUCUAAACUUCUCUGAUCUACUCUACAUUCCUCCCCCGUUCUUUGAUAAAGGUUCAUUUGAACAUUUUAAUAAUUUAACAGACGCUCUUAUCCAGAACGACUUACAGGAGCAAUUGGGGUUAAGUGCCUUGCUCAAGGGCACAUCGACAGAUUUUUCACGUAGUCGGCUCAGGGAUUUGAACCAGCGGACCUUUGGUUACUGGCACCAAUGCUUUUAACCCCGAAUGUUGAUUUAACUUUACAUUUUUCUUAUUUUGGAGGUUAAUUGUUGCCACUCAACAGUUUCUCAAAUGCUCUGGUUUUCAGCUCCAUCAACUGUCAGACCAGUUGCCGUGGCAUUCAGCUUCACCCCCCCCCCCCCCCCCCCCCCCCUGGCUGUCCCUUCGGUUCUGCUCCACUCAUUGACCCGGUGUUUCUGUCUCUGCAGAGUGGUCACAUGCCGUGUGUGCGGGUGUGGGACGUGGCAGAGCGGGCCCAGGUGGCGGAGGUGCAGUGCCAUAAGUACGGGGUGGCCUGUGUGGCCUUCUCCACAAACAGCAGCUACAUCGUGUCUGUAGGCUACCAGCACGACAUGACCGUCAGCGUCUGGGAGUGGAGGGUGAGUAAAGAAGACCUGGGUUCAAAUAGUGUUUGUUUUCUUUCAGAGACUUGAGCCUGUCUGGAGGUGCAGAGUUGCAUUUUUUCGGAUCCAUUACGUUGGCUCCAUUGCACCAGGCAACUGCUGAAAUAUGGAGUCCCAGGAUGUCUACUCUGCUGGCUGGGUAUGGCUGGGGUUAGGGUAUGGCUGGGCUGUGGCUGCAGCCUGGAGGAUAGGGCUGGGGUUAGGGUAUGGCUGCAGCCUGGAGGAUAGUGCUGGGGUUAGGGUAUGGCUGGGCUGUGGCUGCAGCCUGGAGGAUAGUGCUGGGGUUAGGGUAUGGCUGGGCUGUGGCUGCAGCCUGGAGGAUAGUGCUGGGGUUAGGGUAUGGCUGCAGCCUGGAGGAUAAUACUGGGGUUAGGGUAUGGCUGGGCUGUGGCUGCAGCCUGGAGGAUAGUGCUGGGGUUAGGGUAUGGCUUGGCUGUGGCUGCAGCCUGGAGGAUAGUGCUGGGGUUAGGGUAUGGCUGCAGCCUGGAGGAUAGUGCUGGGGUUAGGGUAUGGCUGCAGCCUGGAGGAUAGUGCUGGGGUUAGGGUAUGGCUGCAGCCUGGAGGAUAGUACUGGGGUUAGGGUAUGGCUGCAGCCUGGAGGAUAGUGCUGGGGAUAGGGUAUGGCUGCAGCCUGGAGGAUAGUGCUGGGGUUAGGGUAUGGCUGGGCUGUGGCUGCAGCCUGGAGGAUAGUACUGGGGUUAGGGUAUGGCUGGGCUGUGGCUGCAGCCUGGAGGAUAGUACUGGGGUUAGGGUAAGGCUGCAGCCUGGAGGAUAGUGCUGGGGUUAGGGUAAGGCUGCAGCCUGGAGGAUAGUGCUGGGGUUAGGGUAUGGCUGCAGCCUGGAGGAUAGUGCUGGGGUUAGGGUAUGGCUGCAGCCUGGAGGAUAGUGCUGGGGUUAGGGUAUGGCUGGGCUGUGCCUGGAGGAUAGUGCUGGGGUUAGGGUAUGGCUGCAGCCUGGAGGAUAGUACUGGGGUUAGGGUAUGGCUGGGCUGCAGCCUGGAGGAUAGUGCUGGGGUUAGGGUAUGGCUGGGCUGUGGCUGCAGCCUGGAGGAUAGUACUGGGGUUAGGGUAUGGCUGCAGCCUGGAGGAUAGUGCUGGGGUUAGGGUAUGGCUGCAGCCUGGAGGAUAGUGCUGGGGUUAGGGUAUGGCUGCAGCCUGGAGGAUAGUACUGGGGUUAGGGUAUGGCUGCAGCCUGGAGGAUAGUGCUGGGGUUAGGGUAUGGCUGCAGCCUGGAGGAUAGUGCUGGGGUUAGGGUAUGGCUGGGCUGUGGCUGCAGCCUGGAGGAUAGUGCUGGGGUUAGGGUAUGGCUGCAGCCUGGAGGAUAGUACUGGGGUUAGGGUAUGGCUGCAGCCUGGAGGAUAGUGCUGGGGUUAGGGUAUGGCUGCAGCCUGGAGGAUAAUACUGGGGUUAGGGUAUGGCUGGGCUGUGGCUGCAGCCUGGAGGAUAGUGCUGGGGUUAGGGUAUGGCUUGGCUGUGGCUGCAGCCUGGAGGAUAGUGCUGGGGUUAGGGUAUGGCUGCAGCCUGGAGGAUAGUGCUGGGGUUAGGGUAUGGCUGCAGCCUGGAGGAUAGUGCUGGGGUUAGGGUAUGGCUGCAGCCUGGAGGAUAGUACUGGGGUUAGGGUAUGGCUGCAGCCUGGAGGAUAGUGCUGGGGAUAGGGUAUGGCUGCAGCCUGGAGGAUAGUGCUGGGGUUAGGGUAUGGCUGGGCUGUGGCUGCAGCCUGGAGGAUAGUACUGGGGUUAGGGUAUGGCUGGGCUGUGGCUGCAGCCUGGAGGAUAGUACUGGGGUUAGGGUAAGGCUGCAGCCUGGAGGAUAGUGCUGGGGUUAGGGUAAGGCUGCAGCCUGGAGGAUAGUGCUGGGGUUAGGGUAUGGCUGCAGCCUGGAGGAUAGUGCUGGGGUUAGGGUAUGGCUGCAGCCUGGAGGAUAGUGCUGGGGUUAGGGUAUGGCUGCAGCCUGGAGGAUAGUACUGGGGUUAGGGUAUGGCUGGGCUGUGGCUGCAGCCUGGAGGAUAGUACUGGGGUUAGGGUAUGGCUGCAGCCUGGAGGAUAGUGCUGGGGUUAGGGUAUGGCUGCAGCCUGGAGGAUAGUGCUGGGGUUAGGGUAUGGCUGCAGCCUGGAGGAUAGUACUGGGGUUAGGGUAUGGCUGCAGCCUGGAGGAUAGUGCUGGGGUUAGGGUAUGGCUGCAGCCUGGAGGAUAGUACUGGGGUUAGGGUAUGGCUGGGCUGUGGCUGCAGCCUGGAGGAUAGUACUGGGGUUAGGGUAUGGCUGCAGCCUGGAGGAUAGUGCCGGGGUUAGGGUAUGGCCUGGCUGUGGCUGCAGCCUGGAGGAUAGUACUGGGGUUAGGGUAUGGCUGCAGCCUGGAGGAUAGUACUGGGGUUAGGGUAUGGCUGCAGCCUGGAGGAUAGUACUGGGGUUAGGGUAUGGCUGCAGCCUGGAGGAUAGUGCUGGGGUUAGGGUAUGGCUGCAGCCUGGAGGAUAGUGCUGGGGUUAGGGUAUGGCUGCAGCCUGGAGGAUAGUACUGGGGUUAGGGUAUGGCUGCAGCCUGGAGGAUAGUACUGGGGUUAGGGUAUGGCUGCAGCCUGGAGGAUAGUACUGGGGUUAGGGUAUGGCUGCAGCCUGGAGGAUAGUACUGGGGUUAGGGUAUGGCUGCAGCCUGGAGGAUAGUACUGGGGUUAGGGUAUGGCUGCAGCCUGGAGGAUAGUACUGGGGUUAGGGUAUGGCUGGGCUGUGGCUGGAGGAUAGUGCUGGGGUUAGGGUAUGGCUGCAGCCUGGAGGAUAGUGCUGGGGUUAGGGUAUGGCUGCAGCCUGGAGGAUAGUGCUGGGGUUAGGGUAUGGCUGCAGCCUGGAGGAUAGUACUGGGGUUAGGGUAUGGCUGGGCUGUGGCUGCAGCCUGGAGGAUAGUACUGGGGUUAGGGUAUGGCUGCAGCCUGGAGGAUAGUGCUGGGGUUAGGGUAUGGCUGGGCUGUGGCUGCAGCCUGGAGGAUAGUACUGGGGUUAGGGUAUGGCUGCAGCCUGGAGGAUAGUACUGGGGUUAGGGUAUGGCUGCAGCCUGGAGGAUAGUGCUGGGGUUAGGGUAUGGCUGCAGCCUGGAGGAUAGUGCUGGGGUUAGGGUAUGGCUGCAGCCUGGAGGAUAGUGCUGGGGUUAGGGUAAGGCUGGGCUUCUUGGGAGAGGCAGGGAAUCCCAGAGCCUGUACCUUUAUGUCCCGUCAUUCUAUCGGUCUGCUAACUUGCUGAAGGGUGUUCAGACUGACUGAUUAGUGUUAGUCCACACGUUCUGCCCUGCACAACAACAACAUCCUUCAAUCUCUUAUCACUUCUGACAGCAGUCUGGUCAAAGGCCUUCCACUAGAGGCCACUGAAAUCCCUGUGUUAUCUAAAAUAACCCAAGCUAAGUGAAACUGAAAAUACGAUUUCUAAACCCUCUUCUUCUGUGUUUGUAGAAGGGGACAGUGAUAGCGUCCAACAAGGUGUCUAGCAGAGUUCUGUCCGUCUCUUUCUCUGAAGACAACAGCUACUUUGUCACAGCAGGAAACCGACACGUCAAGUUCUGGUACCUAGACGCCUCUAAAGAGAGACGGGUCAGGACAUUUUAAUUAUUAAGUAUUUUAUAUGCGAUACUGUUUGUACUCCACCCAUUGUUUUUAGAGAUAUACAAGUGUGUCUGAGUAAAGGGUUGAUUCUGAGUCAUGGUUUGAUUGGAUGUUUACUAUGGCUCCUCCCCCUAGGUGAACAGCACGGUGCCUCUGAUUGGCCGAUCAGGCUUGCUAGGGGAACAGAGGAACAGCAUGUUCUGUGGUCUGUCGUGUGGGCGGGGCAACAUGGCCAGCAGCACCUAUUGCAUCACUUCCUCUGGCCUGCUUUGUCAGUUCAACAGCAGGAGGAUGCUGGAUGCCUGGGUGGACCUCAAGGUCAGGAUGACCCUAACGAACCCUGACCCUAACGAACCCUAGCCCUAACCCAGACCACCUCUGUUUAACCCUCCCUUCUCUCUCUCCAGACCACCUCUGUCUAACCCUUCUCUCUCUUCAGACCACCUCUGUCUCUUCAGACCACCUCUGUCUAACCCUUCUCUCUCUUCAGACCACCUCUGUCUAACCCUUCUCUCUCUCCAGACCACCUGUCUAACCCUUCUCUCUCUCCAGACCACCUCUGUAACCCUUCUCUCUUCAGACCACCUCUGUCUAACCCUUCUCUCUCUUCAGACCACCUCUGUCUAAUCCUUCUCUCUCUCCAGACCACCUCUGUCUAACCCUCCCUUCUCUCUCUCCAGACCACCUCUGUCUAACCCUCCCUUCUCUCUCUCCAGACCACCUCUGUCUAACCCUCCCUUCUCUCUCUCCAGACCACCUCUGUCUAACCCUUCUCUCUCUUCAGACCACCUCUGUCUAACCCUCCCUUCUCUCUCUCUCCAGACCACCUCUGUCUAACCCUCCCUUCUCUCUCUCUCUCCAGACCACCUUUGUCUAACCCUUCUCUCUCUUCAGACCACCUCUGUCUAACCCUUCUCUCUCUCCAGACCACCUCUGUCUAACCCUCCCUUCUCUCUCUCUCUAGACCACCUCUGUCUAACCCUCCCUUCUCUCUCUCUCUCCAGACCACCUCUGUCUAACCCUCCCUUCUCUCUCUCUCUCUCCAGACCACCUCUGUCUAACCCUCCCUUCUCUCUCUCUCUAGACCACCUCUGUCUAACCCUCCCUUCUCUAUCUCUUCAGACCACCUCUGUCUAACCCUCCCUUCUCUCUCUUCAGACCACCUCUGUCUAACCCUCCCUUCUCUCUCUCUCUCCAGACCACCUCUGUCUAACCCUUCUCUCUCUCCAGACCACCUCUGUCUAACCCUCCCUUCUCUCUCUCUCCAGACCACCUCUGUCUAACCCUCCCUUCUCUCUCUCUCCAGACCACCUCUGUAUAACCCUCCCUUCUCUAUCUCUUCAGACCACCUCUGUCUAACCCUCCCUUCUCUCUCUCUCUCCAGACCACCUCUGUCUAACCCUCCCUUCUCUCUCUCUCUCUCCAGACCACCUCUGUCUAACCCUCCCUUCUCUCUCUCUCUAGACCACCUCUGUCUAACCCUCCCUUCUCUAUCUCUUCAGACCACCUCUGUCUAACCCUCCCUUCUCUCUCUUCAGACCACCUCUGUCUAACCCUCCCUUCUCUCUCUCUCUCCAGACCACCUCUGCUCGCUGUCUGUCGGUGAACGAAGUGUUGAUCUUCUGUGGCUGUGCAGAUGGCACCGUCCGAGUCUUCAGCCCCCAGAACCUUCAUUACAUCACCACCCUGCACCGGCCACACUGCCUGGGAGUGGACAUCACACAGGGCCUUCAGCCAGGGUAAUGGAUUGUCUGAUGGGCAAUUUGGUUGCAGCACGUUACAUAGUGAUAUGGUGUUUUUUUAUGUAUCACACAGAAAGAGAAACCGACAGAGGAGGUUAAAAGAGAUGCUCGAGUAACACACAGGAAGAUACAUUAGUCCCAGUGAUACUCCACAUUACUCCUGAGGUCGGGUGAACAUGUGCCCAGAAACUGAAGCUCUGUAUACUGAGGUAGUCAUAUGAACAGUGGAUGCUUCAGUGCCUGGAGCCAGUUAAGAGUUGGAACAACAGUGUCCGUGUCAGGACACCUGGAGCCAGUUAAGAGUUGGAACAACAGUGUCCGUGUCAGGACACCUGGAGCCAGUUAAGAGUUGGAACAACAGAGUCCGUGUCAGGACACCUGGAGCCAGUUAAGAGUUGGAACAACAGUGUCCGUGUCAGGACACCUGGAGCCAGUUAAGAGUUGGAACAACAGUGUCCGUGUCAGGACACCUGGAGCCAGUUAAGAGUUGGAACAACAGUGUCCGUGUCAGGACACCUGGAGCCAGUUAAGAAUGAAAGGUGCUGCAUGGUCAAUCUGAAGUCUGCAUUGACCGUGAAGCAUUUACGGCGAUACGGCCUCUGCUUCGUGGAGCAGCGCAGAUCUGUUGUGAAGGAAGUUGUCAAGGAAGUGAGUUUGUGCUUAUACAGGACCUCCCGCCCCCUCACCUACCAUCAACCAAUCAUGUCAAUGUGGAGCUAUACGGAGCCCUCUGCAUUGUUGAAACAUUCGGGAGGCUCACAGAGAUGUGGUACAGAGCUCAAUUUGGCUUCUGCAUGCCUCCGGAGACUCCACAAUUGCGUCACACCCUCCAUACGGAGUCCCGACCCACAUUUUCAGAUCAAGCAUAAACUGUCUCUUAGAACAACAGUGUCCGUGUCAGGACACCGGAGAAGCAUGAUGAUAUUGUUCUGCUUUUAGAUUGGAUUAGAAUAAUGUAUUGUGGUUUUUCCUGAUUCUCCUGACUCCAUACAGGCAUCUGUUUGUUGCCAACCCCAAGGCAGAGUACCCAGACACCCUAGCCCUGACCUUUGACCCUGUAACCCGUCACCUGACCUGUGUAUACAACGACCACAGUGUGUAUGUCUGGGAUGUCCGGGACAUCAGGAACGUUGGGAAGGUCUACUCUGCCCUCUACCACAGCGGCUGUGUCUGGAGUCUAGAGGUGUGUGUAGCCUCGGGCAUAUCUCAGCUACACCGGUAUUUUCUGUAUCAUAUGGGGACGGAUGGAUGGAUGGACGGACGGACGGAUGGGGGGAUGGAUGGAUGGACGGAUGGAUGGGGGGAUGGAUGGAUGGACGGAUGGAUGGAUGGAUGGAUGGAGACAAUUGCGCUACGUUUCUGCCCAUUUACCAAAGUUCUAAACUUGCCAGGCUACUUCCUGGAAAAUACUGCGUCGCUUUCCUAGCAUAUUUACUGUGUUUUUGUUUUCAGACAUACCCUGAUAUGGAUCUGUCCCGCUCCUGUCUGCCCCCCGGAUCCUUCCUCACCUGCUCUUCAGACAAUACCAUCCGGCUGUGGCACAGCGACCCGGGGCUGGUGCAGGGGCAGGGAACCAGCUGCCACCGUAACCUCUACAGCCAGGUGAGUCUCACUGCAACCUGCCAAUGCCGUAGCGUUGUUCAUUCAGAGUCUUGGUUUACAAAUUACUGCCCACAGAUAUAAAGGUUUUAUUCUGAAAACUCGGUCUGACUGUCCCUGUCUGUCUGUGUGCUGGUCCAGGAUCUGUUGAGGAUUGUUUAUGUGGGGGAGGACACCCAGCACCUUCAGACGGAGGGGGAGAGAGGAGAGGGGGCCGGGAUGGAUGCUAAGUCAGGGAUCCGAGUCCUGGGCAUCAGUCCUGAUGGACAACACCUGGCAGCUGGGGACCGCAACGGAAACGUACAGUAAGCGCGCACACAUACAUACACACACACACACACACACACACACACACACACACAGUCAACAUGACCACAUAAACUAAGAUGUCAUGCGUUUUCCUGUCCCCAGUAUAUUUGGUCUACAGUUCAUGGAUCAGCUGCAGAAGAUCGAAGCCCACGACUCUGAGGUGCUGUGUCUGGAGUUCUCCCCUACAGAGACAGGUGAGUCCUCCCCUACAGAGACAGGUGAGUCCUCCCCUACAGAGACGGGUGAGUCCUCCCCUACAGAGACGGGGGAGUCCUCCCCUACAGAGACAGGGGAGUCCUCCCCUACAGAGACAGGGGAGUCCUCCCCUACAGAGACGGGGGAGUCCUCCCCUACAGAGACGGGGGAGUCCUCCCCUACAGAGACGGGGGGGUCCUCCCCUACAGAGACGGGGGAGUCCUCCCCUACAGAGACGGGGGAGUCCUCCCCUACAGAGACGGGGGAGUCCUCCCCCUACAGAGACGGGGGAGUCCUCCCCUACAGAGACAGGGGAGUCCUCCCCUACAGAGACGGGGGAGUCCUCCCCUACAGAGACAGGUGGGUCCUCCCCUACAGAGACGGGGGAGUCCUCCCCUACAGAGACGGGGGAGUCCUCCCCUACAGAGACGGGGGAGUGUCUCGAGUUCUUUCCUACUGCGACUGGUCAGGACGGAGCCUGGAAUUUCACCUGCAUGGUUCAGGACCAGGAGUUUUUCCUGACUACCUCAAGGUUGAAGAUACCAAGGUUAGGACAAGUAAUGCUUUCUAAAAUACAAAUUCAUGGGCCCAGCGUCAUGGCUAACUAGCAUAGCCGGUCCUUUAGUUUAGAAUUCUGGGAUAUUAGAACCUUUUUGUCUUAACCUUAUCUUCAAUCUAGCACAUGACCAGGAAAACACUCUGGCCAGUUUCUCCAUGUCAUAUCACAUGGUCAGGAGAAACGUUCUCAUUGGUCACUUCAGUCAAUAGUGUUUUUCCAUUUCAUAUGAAGCGAUUCCAGAGUGUCCUUGGUGACCGAACUCUGACCAAUCAGCGCGGUUUGGAAUGUUGCUAGGUUUCUCGUGGGCGUGGUUUGCCGUGGACAAAAAGGAUGCCGUUUUGUCACAAACUGUUGCGUUGAAUAGCAGAUGUUCCUACUCUGGUCUUGGCUCCAGCCAACCGCUGGCAGAUACAGUGCAGGUAAACUAGUCUACAUGAUGAGAUUAUUAUGGACAAGAGCGAGAAUAUUUGUAUUUGUCAAAACGGCAGUCAAGCAUCGAUCAUGUCACCAGGAUAAGACCCUCGUAGGAGCAUCAAGAUCACAGUGCACUUUCACCACCUUAUGAAGCCUAAUAAACUGCCCGUGUUUCCAGAGUUGUAGUGGGAGGACCACACACCAUAUCAUCUCGUGACUCCAAAUUUACUUCAAUAUGAUGGUUAUUAUAUCAAUAUCUGUGCAUAAAGGCAUUUCCAGCGCCAUUUCCCGCAUAAAUAAUUUUACCGACACAAAGACCCCGCAUGUCGAACAAACAAAUGAUCUGUCUGCGUUUAUAAAAUUGGACCGACACUUUCUGUUUCCAUCACAGCUGUCAUAGCUUUUUUUUUUUUUAUACGGUGUGACUGUGGAUGGAAACGUGGUUUGUGUUUUUACGGUGAGUGUGUUUUGCGUUUCAGGUCUGCACCUGCUGGCGUCGGCGAGUCGAGACCGUCUGAUCCACGUCUUCAACAUGGAGAGGAGCUACAGCCUGGAACAGACUGUCUAUGAUCACUCAGCCUCCAUCACUGCUAUCAAGUUCACUGGUACACGGUGGACACACACACACACACACACACACGGACACACGGACACACACACACACACACGGUGGACACACACACACACACACACACACACACACACGGACACACGGUGGACACACACACACACACACGGUGGACACACACACACACACACACGGUGGACACACACACACGGUGGACACACACACACGGUGGACACACACACACGGUGGACACACACACACGGUGGACACACACACACGGAGGACACACACACACACACACACACACACACACGGAGGACACACACACACGGUGGACACACACACGGAGGACACACACACACACGGUGGACACACACACACGGUGGACACACACACGGAGGACACACACACACACACACACACACACGGUGGACACACACACACGGUGGACACACACACACGGUGGACACACACACACGGUGGACACACACACGGAGGACACACACACACACACACACACACACACACACGGAGGACACACACACACGGUGGACACACACACGGAGGACACACACACACACGGUGGACACACACACGGUGGACACACACACACGGUGGACACACACACGGAGGACACACACACACACACACACACACACACACACGGUGGACACACACACACGGUGGACACACACACACACACGGAGGACACACACACACACACACACACACACACACGGAGGACACACACACAAAAGAAAAGAGAAAGUGCUAACUAGUAGUUUGUCUCUGCCUGUUUUUCUGUGUGUUGUAGGUGUGAGCCCAGAAGUUCUUAUGGUGAGCUGUGGUGCUGAUAAGAGCAUCUACUUCCGCACCGCUGAACAGGUGAACCUCUAUUUACCAUAUAUCCACUCACCAUAUAAUAAAUGGUCAAAUUAAAAUGUGUAAAAAAUGCAUUUAAGUUUGAAUUGCAGCAUUAACUCACCUCUGUCUCUCCCCCCCCCCCCCCCCCCCCCCUCCCCUCCCUCCAGUCGUCGGAGGGGCUGAACUUUGCCCGCAGUCACCACGUAGUAGAGAAGACCACUCUGUACGAUAUGGACCUGGACGCUACUCGCACCCACACAGCCAUCGCCUGCCAGGACCGGAACAUCAG